ACAUGCGAACAAGGCAAAUUACAUACGAGGCGUUUAUCCUGGUAUUUUAAAGAUCUGAUCAAGACCGUCUGGGGCUGCCUACUAGCUGCCUGUUAGCUAGCUAAUGUUAAGGCUGGCGUGCACCUUCUGAGCCCUCGCCUCUCCUUGAAAAGGCUGUGCAGUAGUCGAUGUUUUUAGCUCGUUCUUUAGUCAAGAUGUCAGGCCACAAUCCUUUGCUGAGGUUGGAACAGCGAGCAGCGGAGGCCGACCAGCUCAUCGAGUAUCUCAAGCAGCAAGUCGCGCUGUUGAAGGAAAAAGCCAUUGUCCAGGCCAGUGUUAAAGAGGAGAAGAAACUUUUGGUGGAGAACGCCAAACUGAAGAAGGACAUCGAGGAGCUGAAGAAGCAGCUGCUGGAGAAGGAGAAGAGGAGAGGAGUGUUGGAGGUCGCCAUGCCAACAGAGGACUCUAGCGUUGAGCUGUGUUCAAAGCCCACCCCUACCAAGCCUGCCGCAGCCCCCUCCGCUGCUCCUGUGAGUGCUGUGGAGAACCCCCCACCCAAAGAAGAGGGCAAAAAGAAGAAGCCUGACAAGAAAGGAGGGGAGAAAGCGGAGAAGAAGCAGCAGGCGGCGGUGAGCCAGGAGGAAGCCAAAGUGGACGUGUCUCGCCUGGACCUGCGAGUUGGUCGCAUCAUUUCGGCAGAGAAGCAUCCGGACGCCGACAGCCUUUACGUGGAGCAGGUUGAUGUGGGAGAGGCUGCUCCCCGCACCGUGGUCAGCGGACUGGUCAAGCAUAUACCUCUGGAGCAGAUGCAGAAUCGCAUGGCGGUCCUGAUGUGUAACCUCAAGCCAGCCAAGAUGAGGGGCGUGGUGUCGCAGGCCAUGGUCAUGUGUGCCAGCUCUCCAGACAAGGUGGAGAUCCUCGAUCCUCCAAGUGGAGCUGCACCUGGAGACAGAGUCACCUUCCAAAACUUCCCAGGUGACCCAGACAAGGAGCUGAACCCCAAAAAGAAAGUGUGGGAGCAAAUCCAGCCAGACCUCCGCACGGACGAACAUUGCGUUGCGACCUACAAGGGUGCUGCCUUUGAAGUAGCUGGCAAAGGAGUGUGCAAAGCCCAAACUAUGAGCAACAGUGGAAUCAAAUGAAAUAACAGAGCUGCUUGAAAAAGCUCCGUGUUUACUUGGCAGUCAUCUCCAGUAACGACCAUCAUGGUGUUGAGCCGCAUGAUGAUGAUGAUGAUGAAUGGAAGUAAAUGCUUUACUUUGAAGAUGUUCAAUAAAGCCUUUGAUUUAAACAUA